AUGGCUCAAACAACGCUACCAGAGACGCAUCGUAUUCUACAACUCACCUCGACAUCUGAACCUCUUCAGCUCAAAACUGUACCAACACCACAAGCAGGUCCAGGGAGCGCCGUAGUCAAAGUCCUCGCAGCUGGUAUUUUAUCAUACUCCGCAGAUAUCUACAACGGAAAACGCCAAUACCCCUUUCCAAAACCAUUGGUACCCGGAAGUAGCGCGAUAGGUCGUAUAGUCGCGGUCGGUCCAGAUGCAACAACUCUCGUUCCAGGUCAACUAGUUUUUCUAGAUUGUACGAUUCGAGGUCGGGAUAAUUCAGAAGCGGUUAUCCUCUCGGGUAUCAGCGAAGGCUUCACUGAAGCUAGCAAGAAGCUCAUGCAUGGAGAGUGGCGUGACUCGACCUAUGCGGAAUACACCAAGUUUCCGCUAGAGAAUUGCAUCCCACUUGACGAGCAGCGCUUGCUUGGUCCUGUAGAAGCCGGUGGACUUGGUUAUUGCGUCGAAGAUCUCAUGCAUAUCUCCAAGCUAGUGGUACCGUACGGAGGUUUGAACGAUAUAGGAUUAAAACCGGGAGAGACAGUGAUCAUAGCCCCCGCCACCGGUCCAUUUGGAAGUGCUGCCGUACGAGUAGCGUUAGCUAUGGGAGCAGGUAGAGUAAUUGCUAUGGGUCGCAACGAAACAAUGCUCCAUAAAUUGUCUACGCUUGACACCCGUAUCUUCACCGUACGCAUCACAGGAAAUGAAAAAACCGAAACCGACGCGCUGAAGAAACUCGGACCCAUCGACGUGUUUUUCGAUAUCUCUCCUUUUAUGGCGGCGAAUUCCACGCAUUUUAAGAGCGCGAUAGCUGCUCUAAGACAUAGCGGAAGGAUAAGCCUUAUGGGAGGAGUAUAUGCAGAUAUGUCUUUCCCUUACCUGUCUUUCAUGCAUAGGAACUUGACGAUGAAGGGUACUUGGAUGUUUUCGAGGGAGCAAAUGUUCGCUUUUGUAAAAUUACUUGAAUCGGGUUUAUUGCCUUUGGGAGAGAAGAAUGGGCUGAGUGUAGGAGGGAAGUUUGAGUUGGAGGAAUGGGAAGAGGCUUUUGAGAAGGCGAGAGUUGCUGGAGCGGGGGAGGUGGUAGUCAUUGUUCCUUGA